AUGCAGCUUUCGACCGUCGUCAGCCAGUGGCGGCAGGACGACCGCCUCGCGGAUAAAAUCAUGGAGAUAACGGCGAUUGCGGAGGAAAGCGGCGGCGGCGACGGGAAAAGCGGCGUCGACGCCAGCAUGAAAUGCGGCGAGAAGUCAUGUAGCGGAGGAUGCGGCGGGGGCGGUGGGAGCGGCGGGAUCGGAGGGAGCGGCGGGAGCGGCGGGAGCGGCGCGAGCGACGGGAGCGGGGAACCAAUCGGGCUCCGCCAAUCGUGCUCGCUCCCCGAGCUGUGCCCGAUCCCCGCUGUUGACUGGCGCGUUUGUAGGUCGCACCGGUCACACGGCUCGGAUCACUCCCGCGGCUCGAGUGGGGAGCUGGAGCUGCCUUUUAGCGUGCCACCGCGUAGCAAUAGCUCUUCCGAUCCCCAACUUACCUCCCAACUUAGUUCCGAACUUAGUUCCCAACUUACCUCUCCUUUGGAGCAGUCCAGCGAGCCUAGCGUCGCUGAGGUCAGCUCGCGUGCAAGUCGGGCGAUUCGAUCCCAAUCGCACGAUUCUGGUUACUUCCACGUGUCAAGACAAGAAGUGGAGCAGAACCGACAGAAACAGCAGCAUAUCAAGGGUGAACAGCGGCGGCCGCUUGAACGCAUCAACGACUCGGAUACGCGCGCUAGUCCCUUCGACGGGGAGACGAGGAGAGAGCAGGCAGGUGGUCUCCCGGCGGCAGCCAGUCCCCCGCCGUGCGCAAAUCUCUCGCCAGCGGAGUGUCCGCCGUGCGCGAGUCCCUUCGACGGGGAGACGAGGAGAGAGCGGGAAAGCCGUCCCCCUUCAGGGGAGCGUCCGCCGUGCGCGCAUGCCUUCUACGGGGAAGCGAGGAGAGACACGAGUCGCCCGGCUGUCAGCCCCCCGCCGUGCGCGAGUCUUCCGACAAUCGACCUCGCGCCGUGCGCAAGUCUCUUAGACAAGCUAUGCGCCUUCCCCAGCGACAGCAGCUGCAGCAGCGACGUUUUCGCUGAUGGUUCCGGCGGCGGGGUUGGCGGCGGAGUUGGCAGCGGGGUCAGCGGAGGCGGUAGCGGCUUGGUUAGCGGCGCUGUUAGUGACGGCGGGGAAAAAUUUGGGGUGUGCAGCGCGGCGGUGAUUCGCCAGCCAGUUUUUCCCCCGGCUGCUGCUGAAGGGAGCGGUGGGGUAAGCGGCGGCGGUAACGACGCGGUUAGCGACUGCGGGGACAAGAAUGGGUUGUGCAGCGCGGCGGCGAUCCGCCAACCAGUUUUUCCCGCCGCUGCUGCUGAAGGGAGCGGUGGGGGUAGCGGCGGGGGUAACGACGCUGUUAGCGACUGCGCGGACAAGAAUGGGUUGCGCAGCGCGGCGGUGAUCCGCGAACCAGUUUUUCCCGCCGCUGCUGCCGCGGGGGACAGGAGCAAUGGAGGCGGCCGGGGUGGCGGAGGCGACGGAGAAAACGGGGAAGGCGGCGAAAACAGGGAGAACGGGGAAAACGGGGAAGGCGGAGAAAGCAGGGAGAGCGAGGAAAACGGGGAAAACGGGGAAGGCGAGAACGGCAAGCUCAGGAGCAACGAGGCGGUACUUCGUCAGGCUAUUUUUCCCGCGCUGGUUAAUAUUAGUAGCGGUCCGGGCCCAGCGGUGGCGACAGGAUGCGGGGACAGCGGGCGCAACGUCCGCGCAGGAUCAUGGGAUGGGGGGAGGUUUGCGAACGGAUGUGCGCGGGAAGUUCCGCCGGGGGUUCCGCGGGGAGUUUCGCUAGGGAGUUCGGAAGAGAGAGCGCGCAGGGAAUCUGCGGGCGGCCUCGAUUUGCAGAGAGGCGUUGAUUCGCUCGCGGAAGCAGAUCCUGGUUCCCCCGUACAAAUGGACGGUAACGGAGAGAUUGUUAACGGAAAAAAUGCUAACGAAGUCGGCCUUUCUGCAUCACCAUCGUCGUCGCGCCUUCGACUCCGUCUCCGUCCGCCUUUCGCCAUCGCGGUUACCCGCCGACGGCCGCUCAGCGAACGGUCGGAUCUGGGUCCCGCGAAUCACGCAUCGCCACAGUCGGCGUGCCGCGAGCCGCGGCAGGAGGCCUCCUGUUUGCGUGGCGCGACGGAUUCACCCGACGGCGGUUUGAGCGGCGGCUUGAGCGGCGGCGUGCGCGGCGUCGUGCGGCAAGCGUCGCGUGACGCGCAGGCCGCCGCGCAUUCGCCGCACAGCGUUGCGGACUUUCCGAUGUUCAGCAGCCCGCGCGUCGAAACGGCGACGCUGGUCGACGCGCGUGGCGAGGCGACGCGCGUUGAAACGACGCGCUUCGAUCCGGAGAGAUCGUCACGGCCGCUUCGAAGCAGAGAAUCCUGCUGUUCGUCACACCCUCCUAUCGCUGCAUCGGCCCGCGUCGCCGCGGUUUGCUCCACUGGCCGUCGCUCCCGACGUCGUUUUCAAUCAGCACCGCGUCGCGCCUCUCCUUCACGUCGCUGCUCUCGCCCUCCUCAGGCACCUCCGCUUCAGUCACACCCGCUUCAGUCACACCUGCUUCAGUCACACCCGCUUCAGUCACCCCCGCUUCGGGAGCGAAUCAGAUGA